CAAUCGAUGGGGAUCCAUCUCCAAACACGUGAAACGCGAUUUUUGAUUUACCUUAUGUGUUUUGAAUGCUGCAAUGGGUUUAACUAAACAAUAUUUGGCCUACCGGGCUAUAGACAGCUUUAAUAUCAUCACCUCCGGCCGCGCAAAUGUGAACUUUGCCGUUCUGGACAGGACCGAGGGUCGAUAUGUGGCCGCUCCAGCUGCUGAAAAUGUGAUCCUGUGGGAUUUGCGAAUGGGCGAUCGUAAGCUGACGCUGCGCCGCGAAAAGUUCGAGGUCACCUGCCUGAGGGUCUCGCCAGAUCACCUGCACAUUGCCGUUGGCUAUGCGGAUGGCAUGGUUCAGAUCUUCGAUCUCAGCUCGGACAGGUACUACGAUCCCAUCUGUAAGCUGGCACUUCACAAGAACGCUGUGAGCAUCCUGCGGUACGAUUUGCAGGGCAUGCGUCUGGUGAGCGGAGGCCUGGACACCGAGCUGGUGGUCGUCGAUGUGGUGGAGCAGGCGGGAAGGGCUCGGUUGAGUGGCCACAAUGCCGCCAUCACGGACGCCCAUUUCCUGCAGCGUCUGGUGGACGAGAGCAUAGUGGUAAGCUGCUCCAAAGACACGCAAAUCAAGUUCUGGAACCUGGAGACGCAGUUCUGCUUCAAGACCAUCGUGGAUAACCGCACUGAAGUCUGGGCACUGGCUUUUAUUGGGAAUCUAAUGGUUGCUGGCGCUGGCGAAAGCGGCAUGAACGUCUACCGCCUCAGAAAGCACGACGGUGGCAUCACUGAAACUCUGGAAUCUGCCGUUGAAGGCCUGUCCAUUGAUGACGAGGACACCAUCAGCCCCAUUAGCGUGAGCAAUUGCGGCACCAUCCAGCGGGCUGGAAAGGGGCGCACCGUCAACCUGGUGACCGAUCCCAGUGAACGCGUGAUCAGCUGCCACGGCACUAAUGACCUAAUCGAGAAUUUCUACAUCUGCACGCCGGAAGAGGUGAAGAAACGUCUGGCUAAGCGCAUAAAGAAGGAGAAAAAGGCCACUGAGGAUGAGGGAUCAGACGAAGCAAAGCUGUCCGCAGAACAGUCGCUGAGCGAUGAAAUCAAGCGAUUGGAGAGCAUCCGUGCCAAGCAGAAGAUCAAGUCCAUUGAUGUGGUCUUGGGCCAGAACCAGGAGCUGCGUGUCCUUGUUAGUUUGGCCAACAACAGCCUGUCCUUGUACUCGCUGGAGGCGUCUAUCAAGACGCGUAAAGCAACCGAUCCCAGCGCGAAACUUCUAAGGUCACUUACUCGUCUGGGCCACCAAUCUGAAGUGCGAUCCGUGUGCUUCAGCAACGAUUCCCUGGCCAUUGGUUCCGGAGCUGGAGAAUCCUUUAAGUUUUGGGAUCGAGAUGCCAUGCAGUGCCUGCGAACUGUGCCAACGGACUACAUACUCUGCUCGAAGUUCGUUCCCGGCGAUCACUACGUCCUUCUGGGCAUGAAGAGCGGCAAAUUGCUCAUUGUGGACGUGGCAGCGGCUGAUAUAGUAGAGGAGAUUCCGGCUCACGAAGGUGAACUUUGGUCCAUUGCAAUACUGCCCGAUCAAAAAGGAUGCGUCACUGGCAGCGGCGAUUCCACGGUUAAGAUCUGGACAUUCGAGCUGAUCGAUGCCGGCGAAGGCGCUGCCCAAACCAAGGUGCUAUCCCUGCUGCACAAAAAUACACUGAAACUGGAGGAGACCGUGCUGUGUUUGGCCGUUAGUCCGGACAUGAAGUACCUGGCUGUGGGACUGCUGGACGCCACCGUAAAGGUUUUCUUCCUCGACACCUUCAAGUUCUACUUAUCCCUGUACGGUCACAAGUUACCUGUGAUCUGCCUGGACAUCUCCUACGACUCCAAUCUUAUUGUAACAGGAUCAGCGGAUCGUAACGUGAAAGUUUGGGGCUUAAAUUUCGGUGACUGUCAUCGUUCAAUUUUUGCACACGACGAUUCGGUGAUGAGUGUACAGUUCAUACCCAGAACGCACAUGUUUUUUACGUGUGGAAAGGAUGGAAAGGUGAAACAGUGGGAUGGCGACAACUUCGAGAAGAUUCUUACCUUACCGGGACACAUAGGCGAAGCAUAUUGUCUGUCCGUAUCUCCAAAUGGCCGGUAUUUGGUCACCUGCGGAUCAGAUAGAACUCUUAGAAUGUACGAGCGCACAGAUGAGACAAUUGUAUUGAAGGAUGUGCAGGAGGAGGAGCGAGAGCAAAUGGAGAAUGAGCAACUGGCCACGGGCGAGGACAACACAGUUCCCUUGCUUCCGGGUCUGAAGAUGCCGUCCCGCAAAACAGUGGGUUCCGAACAGUCCGCUGAAUCGAUUCUUGAAUGCCUUGAGAUAUCCAAACAGUUCGAGCUCGAGGCGGAGGAGAAGCCAGAGCUACAUCCCCUGAUGCAGGCCCUGCAGGUAAAGAAUCCCGAAGACUUCCUGGUUAGCACCCUGAUGAGGAUACGUGCUUCCGAUCUGGAGGAGGCCCUUCUCCUACUACCCUUCUCCACUGUGUGCGAAGUCCUCGAGCGCCUGCCCACUCUGCUGACCCAGCGACCCGAUCAACUGGAGCUGCUUUGUCGCGUCACCAUCUUCCUGUUCAAGGUGCACAUGAAGCCCAUUUCGGCGGCUAAGAACAUGAAGCCGCUGCUAGUCAAGCUGCUCUCGAUGCUCAAGCGGGACGUUGGCCAGCUGCGAGAUGUCUUGGGGUGGAACCUGCACGGCCUGGCCCUGCUACAAACAGAAGUAGAGCAGCGCGAUGGUGUCCAGCUCUUCAGGGAGGCCACGCAGGUCCGCAAGAAGCGGGAUAAGAAGCGGAGAGAAGCCAGCAAGCGGAGGCUGCAGAUUCAAAUGGUUUGAGGCGCAAUACCCUAGACUUAGUUGUAUAAAUCCAAUUAAACCUGUUAGUUUUUCUAUGA